AUGCGUGCAAAAACGCAUGAUCACGAAACUACGGAUUGGUUCGCAUCGUAUGACUGCUGGCUUUACGACAUCGACUACUCUCUAUGGCUACAUCAGAAAGAUAUAGCAGUAUUGCGUGGAAAUAUCCAUAAGAUGCGAAGCGCACUACCCACUAAUGCUGGAGACUACCUGCGCAAAGACGACAAUCAGACCUUGCACGCCGAGAUGGACGACACUCUGGAUCAGGACGGUUCUCAGGCGCAAGCGCUAGACUUGGCCAAGAGUCCUAGGUUGAACAGCUUCCUUAGCGAACUGACGGAGGCCUCCAAUAGGAAUAUUGACGAGAUCACAGUACAUACUAUAGAGCGUGAGCGUUCUACAGCUAGUGACUCAAAUGUUUCUGAUACACAUGUCAAGGCAAGUGGAGUAGAAGGCGAUAGAGCUUCCCCCCAGAAAUUGGAGUCUGCAAUACGUAUGGGCCUGGCCGAAAGAAGUGGACUGGCUAAGAAGGGUUUAUUGAAGCAGCGGAUUGGGCAUCGGAGAAGUCCAAGGCGCCAUAGGCAGAUAUAA